AUGGCAGAUCCCCUAUACCGCGACCCAUGGGCGAAACGCGAGGCGUGGCGAAACCACCCCAUCUUUUCCAGAACAACCGUGUUCAGGAACAUCUUCCCUGGCUUUGGCAUUGCGGUGGUUGCCUUCACCGGAUACGUCAUCUACGACAACAUUAACGUGAAGACAAAGGCGAAGGAGGCCAAUGGUCAUCACUAG